CUUCUGUGUGAAUCGUGAAUCACCGAUAAGUUCUCCGCCACCUGCCGCCACCGACGACUGUAUUACGCAUACCCAGUUCAAUAUUAAAGUGUGAAGCGAGGUUUUUGAGUGCGUUUAAUGUGAAUAUUAGGACGGUCAAAUUAAAAAGAAUCUUUGUUCAAAGUUUUUAAGUUAGUUUUGUGAUGAUGGAGUCCGAUUCUGAUCAAAUAUCUGACAUGGUGAUUAGGAAGAAGAAUGAUAAAGAGGCACUUCACAUGGAAGAAGCGUACAGAGACAAAAUUUAUAAGAAUAUAGGCCUAUGCUUUGAAAUUAAGGCUUCGUGGAGAUAUCAAAAAGUAAGAGCUGUGCUGUCUAACAUGGGUGUGAUACUAAAGGAACUCUUCAAAUGUGAAUAA